AUGUUCUCCAGGCGCAUUGUCGCGGCCCGUCCGCUGGCCCGAUCCAUUGUCCCCAUCGCAGCACGCCCACGCCCACAAUUCACCCAGAUCCGCACUGCCCUGACCGACGCCGAGAAGGCCCAUCUCGAGCUCGCCGACCCCAACCAAAAUGGCGGCUACAUCAACCCACCCGCCGAGAAGCGAGGAAACCGCGAUCCCUACGGCGAUUACUGGGACAAGCAGGAGCGCCGCAACUAUGGCGAGCCCUGCCACGAGGACAAUGACAUCCUCGGUGUCCUAGCCCUGCACGACUACAACCACUUCAGUCCCCAGUGGGGUUUCGUUCUCAUGGGCACCUUUAUCGCAACCGUCUUCGGACUCUGCGCCGCUGUCAAGUCUGUCUACCCAGACAAGAUCAGUGUGCCCAAGACAUACCCGGAUGGUCUGGAAGUCGAGCUUGGAGGUAAGGGUGCUGUGCCAGCGAGGAAGCCCGGUCAGGGUUGGUAG